AUGGAAGGACUUCAUAGUCAGGCUCUAAGCUUGGACCCUCGCAGGCAAGAGCUGCUCGAAGCUCGCUUCACCGGAGUGGGUGUGGCCAAGGUCAGUGGACUAGAAAUCAACAGUGAAUCAUCCAGUCAGUCUCUUUGCAGCGUUGGGUCCCUCAGCGACAAGGAAAUGGAGACAUUGGAGAAGAAGGCCGAACACAGGAGCAGGAAAAGAAAGGGAGAAGUUUGUGACACGAGUAACCUCGCAAAGGGACGAGGCGUACACAAGACGAGUGAUUACUUUGAGUUUGCCGGCAGUAGCGGUUCUGGCACCAGUCCGGCCCGCGGCAUCCCAGUGCUGGUGCGCUGUUGCUCUUCCCAGCACUCGCUUUCUAAUCCCUCGUUCCAGCAGAGCAGUCCUUCAUCGGCAGGCUCCGCCCACACCGACUCGUCAUCAUGCAGCUCUGUCAAGAUGGCGCCCGCACACUCGUGCUCCCACAAAAUCACCCAGUCUGAGCUGACACUGCUAAAGCUGACGGCGCUGGAGAGGAGCAAGAACUCUGACCUGGAGAAGAAAGAGGGAAGGAUUGAUGACCUGCUGAGGGCUAACUGCGACCUGCGGCGCCAGGUAGAAGAGCAGCAGAAGAUGCUGGAGCGCUUUAAAGAGCGACUCAACAAGUGCGUCACCAUGAGCAAGAAGCUUCUUAUUGAAAAGUCAAAACAUGAGAAAAGAACUUGCCGCGACAAAAGCAUGCAGGAUCGUCUACGUCUGGGCCACUUUACCACAGUUCGCCAUGGCGCCUCCUUUACCGAGCAAUGGGCUGACGGAGUCGCCUUCCAGAACCUCAUCAAGCAACAGGAGCGCAUCAACUCACAGCGCGAGGACAUUGAGAGGCAAAGGAAGCUGCUGGGGAAAAGGAAACCGCCACCUGUGGCUCAGAUGCAGCCGCCCAGCACGGAGCACAACAAGCGAAAGAGCAGGAGCAACGGGCAGGAAAAUGAAGCACUGUCACUUGCUGAGUAUCACGAGCAAGAGGAAAUAUUCAAACUCCGCAUUGGUCAUCUGAAAAAGGAAGAAGCAGAGAUCCAGACAGAGCUGGAGCGUCUGGAGCGAGUCCGGAACCUGCACAUCCGGGAGCUGAAAAGAAUCCACAACGAGGACAAUUCGCAAUUCAAAGACCACCCGACACUAAACGACAGAUAUUUGCUGUUACAUCUGCUUGGAAGAGGGGGCUUCAGUGAAGUUUACAAGGCCUUAGAUUUAACAGAGCAAAGGUAUGUUGCUGUUAAAAUCCAUCAGCUCAACAAGAACUGGCGUGAAGAGAAGAAGCAAAACUACCAUAAGCACGCCUGUCGAGAGUACAGAAUCCACAAAGAACUGGAUCACCCUCGAAUAGUCAAACUGUACGACUACUUCUCGCUAGACACCGACUCGUUCUGUACAGUGCUGGAGUACUGCGAAGGCAAUGACCUGGACUUCUACUUGAAGCAAAAUAAGCUAAUGACAGAGAAGGAGGGCCGCUCUGUCGUCAUGCAGAUCGUCAACGCGCUCAAGUACCUCAAUCAAAUCCGGCCACCCAUCAUCCACUACGACCUCAAGCCAGGAAACAUCCUGUUGGUGAAUGGCACCGCUUGCGGCGAAAUUAAAAUCACCGAUUUCGGCCUGUCCAAGAUCAUGGACGAUGACAGCUACAGUUCGGUGGACGGCAUGGAGCUGACCUCGCAGGGGGCGGGAACCUACUGGUACCUUCCUCCGGAGUGUUUCGUGGUCGGCAAGGAGCCUCCGAAAAUAUCCAACAAAGUCGACGUUUGGUCACUUGGGGUCAUCUUCUAUCAGAGUUUAUAUGGACGAAAGCCAUUUGGUCACAACCAAUCCCAGCAGGACAUCCUCCAAGAGAACACCAUACUCAAAGCUACCGAGGUGCAGUUCCCUCCAAAACCUGUUGUCACCCCAGAAGCAAAGACAUUCAUCCGUCGAUGCCUGGCUUACCACAAGGAGGACCGCGUUGAUGUGCUCCAGUUGUCACGGGAACCCUACCUAAUGCCCGCCAUCAGAAAGACCCUUGCCGGCGGAGGCGGCAGUGCUGGGGCGCCACCCGUCACUCCUCCUCUCCCUUCCACCUCCAGCUGCUACGGGAACAGCGCCUCCAACUGA